AUUCUUGGAUUUUCAAUGGUUGUUUGCUUUUAACAUAGACCAAUGUCAUUCAGUGCGUUGCUACGUCUGUGAUUAUUGUCCGACAGUAACAAGCGUAUCAAUAUCAGAAGAGAACAACUGUACAUCUUGCUUAACUGCUGGUUAUAAUUAUUCGAUUCACAGAAUAUGCGUGUUUGAUAAUAGCAUACCCAUUAACUUCCCAAACGAAAAUCGAACACAGUGUAACUCUGAUUUGUGUAACGGGUUAACAGUUGAUAACACUGCAGAACGUCCAAAAGGGCCUAUACCAAAUCCAUUCCGUUGCUAUACGUGUUUGAAUUGUACAAAAAGUAGCGAAAGGGUUGUUGACGGUUGUGGUGCAUGUGUGACAACUUAUGGUUCUGGAAUUAUCAGUAAAUUUUGUAUGUCUACAAGUAAACGAUGGAGUCCUGACUAUCCAACGACUUGUUGCUCAACAGAUCUAUGUAACGGAAUGACAAAAUUAUCUAUUCAUCGUCAUGUUAUUAUUGUUCUGUUUGUUUGCAUAGCAAUCAGUAAAUACAUUCUAUGA